AUGCUCACUCUGUCGCCAUUGCGCUUGUUGGCUAUGUUUCUCUUGUUGGUUCCGUCCAUCCUUGUGGUCACCGCCGCUCCGUUGACGGACGUGGAUAUGGCAGUACAGGUCGAAAAGCGUACUAAACCAAAAGGUUCCAGUGGCAAAAUCACAAGAUCGACCAUAGGGAUCACCCAUACCCAUUGCGCUGACCCGCUUAUAUUUGUCAAUACCCAACGCGCCUACUCACCUCAAGCAAACACCAACCCGAACGUAUUCACGGGUGUUGUCAUUCACCGCCAUGCUAACAAGAACAUUGCAAUCGUUGAUCUUACAGUGUCCCAGAAAUCCUCGUUGUACAGGCACAUAGAAGAUAACAUAAGUGGUUCAUCAAAGUGGGACUAUAUUUUCAGGGUGAUGCAAUAUAUGGAAACAAACUUGAAGUCCUUCCAAUUUACAUACGAAGGCAAGCAAGAGUGGGAAGAGAUGUGGAAUGAGUGUGGUGGAAUGGAAAAGCCAAUGGAAAAGCCCAAGACGUCGGGUGUGCCAUCUAGUUUCGAGAACAUUUUGGUGGGUGGGAAGGCAGGCCCAGUAUAA